UAUAUCACAAGCAAGCUGACCCAUCAAAAAAAAAAAUCACACACAUUGUUCAAAUUAUUCUAUCGGAUAAAUGUCUCAGAGUGCGAAUCAGCUGCUAUCCAAAUUAGCCUCUAGUGACAAACACGGUGAAGCUUCGCCGUACUUUGAUGGUUGGAAAGCUUACGACAAUAAUCCUUAUCAUCCAAUUCAUAAUCCACAUGGUGUUAUUCAAAUGGGUCUUGCCGAAAAUCAACUUUGUUCAGAUUUGAUCAAAGAAUGGAUAAGGAAAAAUCCACAAGCAUCUAUUUGCACGGCGGAGGGAAUUGACUCUUUCUCCGACAUUGCUGUUUUUCAAGAUUAUCACGGUCUCAAACAAUUUAGACAGGCGAUUGCGGCGUUUAUGGAGAGAGCGAGAGGCGGACGGGUGAGUUUUGAGGCGGAGAGGGUGGUGAUGAGCGGAGGAGCCACCGGAGCAAAUGAGACGCUCAUGUUCUGUCUUGCUGAUCCCGGCGAUGCUUUUCUCGUCCCUACUCCAUAUUAUGCAGCAUUCGACAGAGACUUAAGGUGGAGAACUGGAAUUAGAAUAAUCCCUGUGGCAUGUAACAGCUCAAACAAUUUCCAGGUUACAAAACAAGCCCUAGAAUCAACGUAUCUUAAGGCCCAAGAAACCGGUAUCAAGAUCAAAGGCCUGAUCAUCGCAAACCCAUCAAACCCUCUUGGGACAUCUCUCGAUCGAGAAAAUCUGGAAAGCCUUGUCAGCUUCAUCAACGACAAGCAAAUUCAUUUAGUAUGCGACGAAAUCUACGCAGCUACGGUUUUUGCAGAACCGAAAUUCAUCAGUGUAGCAGAGAUCAUCCAAGAGAUGGUUCAUGUUAACCGUGAUCUGAUCCAUAUCGUUUACAGUCUUUCAAAGGACAUGGGUCUCCCCGGUUUCCGGGUUGGAGUGGUUUACUCUUACAACGAUGCUGUUGUGUCAUGCGCAAGGAAGAUGUCGAGUUUUGGAUUGGUCUCGUCGCAGACACAAAGUUUUGUAGCUGCUAUGUUGUCUGAUCAAAGGUUUGUCGAUAACUUUCUUGUUGAGGUUUCAAAGAGAGUAGCGAAGAGACACCAUAUGUUCACGGAAGGGCUUGAAGAGAUGGGGAUUUCUUGCUUGAGAAGCAACGCAGGUUUAUACGUCUUGAUGGAUUUAAGGCAGAUGCUUAAGGCUCAGACAUUUGAGUCCGAAAUAGCGCUUUGGCGAGUGAUUAUCAAUAAGGUCAAGAUUAAUAUCUCUCCUGGCUCGUCGUUUCACUGCUCUGAGCCAGGUUGGUUCCGAGUUUGCUUUGCUAAUAUGGACGAAGACACACUCCAAGUUGGACUUGAGAGAAUCAAAGACUUUGUACUUGGAGACAAAGCCUCCAAGAACGAGAAUUAUAACUGCAUUUGCAACAACAAAAGGGAGAACAAGAAACGUAAGAGUUUUCAAAAGAAUCUCAAACUGAGUUUCUCUUCGAUGAUGUAUGAUGAACAUGUUAGGUCACCAAAGUUGAUGUCCCCUCAUUCACCGUUGCUCCGAGCUUAAAAUUGGUUUUAUGAUUAUACUCAAAUAGAUUGUGUCUAUUAGU